AUGAUCUAUUUUAUGUCCUGUCGCUUACUAGACGUGACAGUAGUCCGUGUAGAAGCAUCUAGUGCCCGCUGCUACAAUUUGGUUUCUGCAUACAUGGCCCACGAAAAUGCAGCACCUCCUGAGGAAGUGGGGCGUUUAGUGGACUCACCUUCAUCGCUGCUACGCCAAUGCAAGACACACCAUUUGGGAAGCAGCGAGGUAAAUGAUCGAGUGCGCUACACCAUCAACUCCAAUUCUCCCGCACAUAUCAAAAACAUCAACCGGUACAUCCUCCUCCACUUUGUUAACAACACCAAGCCACCAGGUCGCUCUCUCCACUCUUCCUCUCACAAUGACAUCAACAACCAACACAACAACAACAGCAAACACAGCAGCUCCCUGGCACAUCUGAUUUGCUCCUCGGCAGUAACUUCAAAAACUUCCACAACAUCACAAGUACAAAAUAUUAACACCAUUAGCCCCAAAGAAGGAAAUAAGCAGGAAAACCUAAAACGACACCGUGACGGACAGUCCUCAAACAACUCAAACGAACAGAUGAACAGUAAUAAAAAACAUAAAAACAAAACUCAAAACACUGUACAAAAGACACUCAAAGAGUACUGGCUGGAUAAGCCUAAUUCAAGCAACCGUUUUGAGUUGCUAGCACAAGAAGCUGAAGCGAAUGAACUACAUACUGACAGUGGGACAGAACCGAAAACAGAACCACAAACAGAACAACGCAAACUUAAACCACCCCCCUCUAUGUGCAAAACGUUGAAAAUGUACAAGCAAUAA